AUGCCACGGCCCGCGACCACCGGAUACGAGCGCCUUGCGCAGGCCGACGUUAGCGACGACUCGGACGACGACCCGCUCGCCGCCAGCUAUGCCUCGCUGCAACCGCCAACCGCCCCACGUUAUGCUCCCAUCGGCCAGCCCCGCCCGCACUCGGGCAUGGCCACUCCGAAAUACUCAGAAUCAGCCGGUUUCCGUGAUACAUCCCGGUCUGGGGGCCGUCACCGUCGCCGUGGCCGGAGGAACUCGGGCGUCGACCUGAAGGCUAUCAAUGCCCGUCUCGAGCGUUGGGCCGAUGAGAUUGCCUCCAAGUUUAAGCGCGGCCGACACAAGAAGAAGGGCGAGGAGGAGCGUCUCGAGAUACACCACUCCGUCUUCCAGCCUCCGGAGGGCGUCCGGCCUGUGACAGCCGAAAUGCUGGCCGUCCCGGAGCCCGGUUACAUGACCAAGGCCGAAUUCGAGGUCAUCGUCGACAGCGUCAGGUCCGCCAUACGGCAAGGUGUACAUCCCCGUAUGAUUUCCCAGGGGAGCUCUGGUAGCUACUUUGCGAGGAAUCCCGACGGGAAAGUGGUGGGCGUUUUCAAACCCAAGGACGAGGAGCCCUAUGCGGCUGGCAACCCGAAAUGGAAUAAGUGGAUUCAUCGGAACUUGUUCCCAUGCUUCUUCGGCAGAGCUUGUCUCAUCCCCAACCUUUCGUACGUUAGCGAAGCCGCCGCGUACGUCCUCGACGCGCAACUACGCACACACCUCGUCCCGUACACAGAUGUCGUCUACCUCUCCUCCAAGUCGUUCCACUACCCCUUUUGGGACCGGUACGCCUUCUCUAGGAAAAGGAAGCCGUUACCCUCUAAACCGGGCAGCUUCCAAGUCUUCCUCAAGGGCUUCAAAGAUGCAAACAUCUUCUUGCGCGAACACCCAUGGCCAGACCAGUAUCUCUCGGGUUUCCGGACAACAGAUCCUCACAGGAAACGAAAGCGGCGAUGGGCCGACAACUGCCGUCCGGGUAGCGCGCACAACGACGGGGAUAGCGAUGAUGGCAACGACAGCCCGCAGUCGCAAACGCCAGGCCCCGGCAAUUUCGUCUGGACACCGACUCUGAAACAGGCCUUCAGGGAGGAGCUCGAAAAGCUCGUCAUCUUGGACUACAUUAUGCGGAACACGGAUAGAGGGUUGGAUAACUGGAUGAUCAAGGUCGAUUGGGAGACCGAGCAGGUCUCGGUGGCGUCGGAACCCGUGCACCUCAAUAUGGAUACGUCGGAUCCGGAACCGGGGCCGAGGCCUGUCGACCUGUCCCAGAGGGAGCCGCCGAAAACGAGAGCGUCAUACCCUUACCGCGUUGAGCGGCCUAUGAACGCAUCAACGCCAGUGUCGGCCACGCCGGAUCCCAAGAUCUCAUUGGGGGCUAUUGACAACUCCCUGUCAUGGCCUUGGAAGCACCCUGAUGCUUGGAGAAGCUUCCCCUUUGGUUGGCUCUUCCUUCCUGUCGAUCUCAUCGGCCGGCCUUUCUCCCAGAAAACCCGGGACCACUUCCUCCCGCUUCUUACAUCCACGCAAUGGUGGAGCCAGACCCAGCUGGCCCUCCGCCGCGUCUUCCAGAUGGACAACGACUUUCAAGAGCGCAUGUUCGCCCGCCAAAUAGCCGUCAUGAAAGGCCAGGCCUGGAACGUCGUCGAAACGCUCAAGACGCCCGACCAUGGACCACUUGAGCUCACCCGCCGCGCCAAAGUCUGCGUCUGGGACGACCUCGUUGACGUCCCGGUCGCCGUGCCCAUGCGUGUUGCGAGUGCCGAAAUGCGCCGCCGCGCCAACGCCGAGUCCGACCCUGCCGCCCUGUCGGCGACCGCUACAGCCCACUCUAAGGCUAGCAGCGACAUCAUCAGCGAGGAGGAGAUGGACAUUGGCGCCGCCGGUAGCUCCGGUGCCCACGCAGCGUCUGCCCCCACCACAUCCGGCGCCGGCCCUGUCGGUGACCUUCUCGGUAUCACCGUCACCAGCCCGCCUGCUAACCUACCACACCCGGGUCGAUUCGAGCUGGCGCUGCAGGACGACCUCCCGUCUCCGGGCCUGUCAAGCAAUGGCGCCACGUUGGGGGACCGUAGCAGCAACAACAGCAACGGGAAACCAACCCGCCCGCAAUUCCCCCGCGCCGCCAACAGCCACAGGUCGCUGAACGUCUACUCCCCCGACCGCGGCGCGGGCGCAGACCACCAAACCCGCUUCUCCUUCACCACCACCGCCGCCGCCAGGAGAGAGAGCAACUCGCUUGCUUCGCAACUCUACAGCAACGGUGGCAAUAACGGACGGCUGAGCCUAGACCACGGCGAUCCUCAAAAUUUUGUGGAGUACAGGGAGGAGGAUGAGGAUCUGGAGGGCGGCGACCUGGGGUAUGCGGCCGCGACGGGCAUGGAGGGGAACCAGAGGAAGGUGAUUGUGGAGCGGUUGGAGAUGAUCAAGGGGCGGAAUCCCGUCUUCACCUGGUGUUGA